CUUAUGUCUGGCUCUGUGGGAGGUGGUGAGUCUGCUCUCAGAUGGAGGCAGUGUGUAAGCAGCUCCCUGGAGGUGAUGAUGAUGAGGAGGAGGGGGCAGGAGCAGAUGAAGCCAUGCUGUGGUCCAUCCAGGAGGCUCUGGAGAGGCAGACUCUGCAGAUCGGAGCAUCAGCCUGCGGGGCCACAGCUGUGGUGGACGUGCUGAAGGCCCUCGGGGUGGAUGUGGCCCCUGAGGAUGCAGACCGCUGCGUCCAGACAAAGCUGAGGAGGAACGAGUCUCCGCUGCCUGACUACCUGCUGUCCCGCAGUGAAGCAGGUGCGACUCACGCUCAGCUCAUCCAGGGAGCACAGGAGGCCAGUAAGGGGAAGGUAAUUGGCCGCUUCUUCCACUUUUACCCUCGGCGGCUGGUCAGACUAGUCCCCUGGCUAGCACGCUGGAUCCGAAAAGGCGCUGUUCCCGUGGCGACCAUGAACAUGCAGCUGGCUGUGCCCGAGGGAGAGGAGGUGCCUGACGCCUGGCACCAUCAGCUCAUAUUUGGUGUUGCACCGAAUGCUGUUUUCAUGACCAAUCCUCUAGACGUAGGAAGUGAGAUAGAGGUACACCAGAGACUUUGCAGUGCGUCUGUGCUGCUGAUUCGUCGAGAAGACGUCCUGCAGAGACUGACGCCAGAUUGCUGUCUGUCCAUCUUAUCUGACUCGCAGUGGAAAGCUCUGGAUAUCGAGGGUCAAGUGAAGCAGAUGGCCCAAGAAGAGGAACAGGAGCAAGAUCAGCCCAAGUUAACACACAUCACGAUCCCCGCGGCGUACAGUUCAGGCGUCACACUCUUCGCUCUACGGGAAUCAGAGUUAGGACAAGAACUCCUCAGUGCUCCUGAACUACCUUUGCUGUAAGUCGUGGACUUUAAGCUUGAAGACUUUAGAUUCAUUCUGACAAGAAAUGAAACACUUUAUUGAUCCAAGAGUUCAGGAGCAGCAGAUGUAAAGCGAGAAAGACUAUUACACCGUGCACUGACCAGAAGCCGGUAAGUUGUUAAUUCUCAUCUACUUUAGAAUACUAUGAAAGACUUGACAAAAUAACUUUAAAAUU